GAUGUUUUUUAAAUUUUAAAAUUUAAAAUUAUGCUUAGAUGACGUCACCGAGUUCCAUAUCGUCGUCAACCAAUCAAGUUGCGAUGUUAUUUUAGGAAGCAUAGAAUGCGCUCUGUUUGUAUGCUGAGUGUGAAUACGCCUUCAGUCAUGAGUCAGUGGAAGGAAAGAGAGAAGAGAGGAUUUUGUAGAUAGGAAACAUAGAAAAUGAAAACAUGUCUAGACAUUUCAAUUAUGGUUGUGAAUUUGGUCAACUAUCUAGUUCUUUGUGUUCUUUAAUCGUUUGUUAAUUGAUUGAUAUCGAUGCAGAAGUAUCCAGAGUACUGAAAAUUACAGUAACCGAACAGUGAUGUACAAACUUUAGCACAGGCUACGUGUUAGAUAUCACAUGAAAAUGUUCUGCUACAGUAGAAUUCUUUUCUUCGUCCCUUUUAUCAUUCUCUUUUGUGAUAUAAAUCAAGUAUUAUGUGAAACGAGCAGAAAGCUUAGUCAUCUCGUAAACCCAUACUGCAAUUCAACAUGUGGAAAUUUGAUAAUGAUUAAAGCCGAAGGACCUGCAGAUGUGCUCUACUACGUAUGGGAUUUCGACUCGAAACCAACUCUAACCAUGUUCGCAUUACCCCCUCAUUCCAACAUGUCUGUAGAUUGGGAUAACUACGAAAAACACAAACAGAAAUCCAUCAGUUUUACAUCUUGGCCGUUUUACAUCUUCGGUGUGAUGAUCAAUAACAUUUACGAAUUCAACGAUCAAGACGAUUCAGGAAUUUUACACAGCGACGCUGCUCAAAACAUAAAGAUGCCUUCUCAAUACUUCAACUGGAGUAUAGGAGGGUUCCUCGAUGAUAUACCCAGUAAUUCUAUUCUUUAUUAUCUCAGCGCUGAUGGUUACCAACAUGAAAAUAUUACCAAAACAGGUGUGAUAAAUAUUACGGCUUCAGUUUUUGGAAAUGAUGGCCAUUCUGAAGAGUUACCUCAUUUGUUGCAUACUGAAAACAGUUCGCAGGUAGAUCUAGUCAUCGAUAAUUUAACUACGUCUUAUGAUAGAUCUCGAUUUGCGAUCGAAUACGUAACGUUCGGUUUGAACGAUGAAAACUCCAAAGUGAGACUAUCAGCUAAGAAAACGCUAGAUGAUGAAAAUACUCCGGGAGUGUUUAUAUUGGAUACAUUACGCGUUGGAAACGACAACGAUAUAAAUCAAGCACACAGCGGGUAUUUGCAGUGGCUUCCAAUUGUCUACACAUCGUCCAAUAAAGUCGUAUCAAAUUCAACGAAAACCUUCGAGUACGAUAUCGUCAACGCAACUCGCUCUCUAAGCGAUACAGUUCUCAAUUCUAGUUUAUUACUCGAUUUACGAGGAUUCCCGAUCAAAGUUGUAUCUGCAAACAUCUCAUUUGGUUGGAGUGGAGAUGGAUUUUAUAGAAGAACUAAUUACUCAUCGUGGUCAUUCUUGAUCGGAAUUGGGAGCUCGCCGGAGCCUGAGUUUUCUAUGAUGGUUUUCCUCAUCAUCGCUAUCGGUUUAGGAUUCCCUACGUUGAUCAUCUUAGGUGGAACUGCUUUUAUGAUCUACAGAAAAGUCAGAUACGGUGAUUAGUAGGUAAAUGGAUUGAAGCAUUUAUUCGUCCUUCGACUUUAUUCGAGUCAUAUCAAUUUUGUUUAAUUCAAUGUACGACCUUUGAAGAUGGAGAUUAUCGCAUGGAUGAUAUUUUUAAAACAUAUUUUAUUUAUUAUCGUUGUUUGUGAUAUCAAAAUAUUUAUUCGGUUUAUUACCAAGGUUGUGCAGGCCUAAUUAUUGGCUUAAAGGUUCUUUGAUACCUUCUGAGCGUUGAGUAGUUGCCUUGUUCACAUAUUUUUUAUUAUUAUUUUUUUUUUUGUCGUUUGUGUUGCAUUCUGCUCAAUUUAGAAUAAUUUUCUCCUACGCUUGGGCAUUUCGCAUAUCUCAGAUCCCUUUUAUUUGUGACAAGUUGUUUGUAUUUGUGUCUGUGUUUAUUGUAUUUGUUUGGUUAUGAUGAUCGUGAAUCGAUUAAGCAAUUUUCAACCUUCAGAUUAGGUUUUGGUAUCGCUCUAUUAAUGGGAAUAUGUGUUUUGAUGCGGGUGCUUGUUUUUCAAGCUUGGUAGAUAUGUAGUCGAAGUAUAAUGUGAAAAUCGAUCGAAUAGAGUGCCAAUGCGAUCAAUGCCUCGAUUAUUUGUUUUUCGUAGUAUUUGGUUCAUUUUGAAAACACUAGUCUUUAUUUUCCCCUAAUAUUUCAACGUAGUUUUCAUUUUCGUUGAUAUUUGCUUUCGAUCAAUAAUAUUUUUUUCUGGCUUGUUUCCUGAGCAAUGUUUUGCAUUAUUUUGCCUUGAUUACCCUGAAUAAUAUUCAUAGCUCUGUGAGAAGCUAUAUUAUAGCUGUGGUUCUAUGGACUGAAAAGUACCAUAGCAGUGAUGUUUUCACAAAAAUGAAUUUAUUUUAAGGCUUAUCUGAUAAAUUAUAAGAUCUCAAAUGUGAUGCAUAUUUUUAAGCUACUCGUGUGAUCAAAAUUAUUGAUACUUAUUUUUCCUGCAUACCUUUACCAAGCCAUUUCUUUAAUCUAUUUCUAUUCUUUUAUUAUAGACUUUAAAAAUAAUUUUGCUCAAUUAUUGACGAGCUUUGUGCACAAUUUUGCACAUUUAUAUUCGUACCCUGUUUGUGUAAUAUCGUUUUACUUAUACAUUCGGAACUUUUAUGUGUUUUCUUGUUUACUUUUCGUAUAUUUUUAAUAGUACUUUAUGCAGUAAUCUAUCAUCUGAUACUAUGAUAUUUUAAUGAUUAUUUUAAAUGUGUUACUUGGAGCAUAUCCCAUGUUACCGUUCUGGGAUAUUUUUUUCUCUAUAGUACACUUUUUUUAAUAUUCAAGUUUUAUGUUUUAUUUUCUUUGUGUUUUUUCUCUUCUACCCCUUUCUGUCUGUCCUCUUUUCCUUUUCCUUUUUUUUUUCAAAUAAAUUAUAUUUACUUACGUGA